GAUCCAGGCCAUGCCCUGUUUCGUGGUGCUCGUAUCUUCAUCUGGUCACUUCUAGCUCGACCAUCACUAUUACCAACGACAGUUGCAGGAAAGUAUGUUGAAUAGUCGUACUGAAGCUUUCGAGCUAGCCAAGGGUUUGAUUCCUCUAACAUUCGAUAAUGUAAUGUUUCGAGUUCCCAAUUUCUUCAAUUGUCGAGGCAUCGAUACUGAUUCCAUUUACAAUUCAAAGAGGCUUCAAUACGUGCAACUCAAGCAACAACACAGCUUCCUACAGUAUUCGCACUCACACAUGCUGCCUUUUGCACGAUCGCAUCAGGUCUACCGGCUAGACAUUUGGCAAUACUUGACAAUCCACCCCUUGGACAUCUCAAGUGUCGACCUGGCCCCAUCCUCUUGUCAUCCCAAAACCGUCCCCUCGACGUCGAUCUCGUACAAAGUGUAUCACGCCUUUCGCCCCCUGUCCCAGACACCACAGCACGGAUUCGACUUGGCAUCCCGAGUCCGACAACUGCGACAAAAGAUCUUCAAACCCGCCCAAUUCUGGACAUCCUCUUCAACCCCCAUUCAUCCCAAACCCCUAGUUGGAUUUUGCUUAGCCGUUCUCCCCUUCCAUUGCAACAGUCGCCUCGACCGUCGGCGUCGCUCGCCUAUUUCGAUCCAUGCCCCGCGGCUGCGUUCGUCUAGUCUAGGCUUAUAUUUAAAGUGACGGAUCGAAAACACAAAACGCCCCUAGUACCGGAGGUGUGGGCUCGAAUUGUUGCCUCAAACGCUUGCCGAGCCGACUUGAACUCUACACAGGCGAUCCCUACCUUCUAGACUUUGGCGGGGAACAUCUGACUGACUUCAGACCGCCAAGCUUCGUUGAUUUUGGUGAUAUCAGGAUGUGAUAUAUCGCCACCAUCACCUUCAGUCACUAAUCCAGUGUCAGCAACUGCAUAAGGGACGUCCCAUGAUGCAUGAGCUAUAUCCCGCAGA